AUGUCCGACACCGAAUCUCUCAACGCCGCGUCCGGCAGCGAGUCGUCGAGCGUCGUCGUCGUCAACGGGUUCCGCGCUGAGCACGAGAACAGCGUCGGCAGCAACCCCAACGUGCCGGCUCCCCAGGAUGAUGCCUUUUGCAUCGUCGGAAUGGCCUGCCGCCUCCCCGGUGACAUCAGCUCCCCCUCGGACCUCUGGCAGUUCCUCGUCGACCAGAAGUCGGCCCAGGGCACGGUUCCCGCCGAGCGGUACAACAUCGAGGGCUUCUACCACCCGGCGGCCAACCGCAGCGGCAGCAUGAACGUGCCGGGCGGCUACUUCAUCCAGGAGGACGUCCGGCAGUUCGACAACAACUUCUUCGGCGUCAACAACCUCGAGGCCACCUACAUGGACCCCCAGCAGCGCAAGCUGCUGCAGGUCGUCUACGAGUGCCUGCAGAGCUCCGGCACCACCAUGGAGAGCCUGUCCGGCUCGAGCACCGGCGUCUUCGUCGCCAACUUCUCCGUCGACUUCCAGCCGAUGCAGGCCCGCGACCCGGACUACAUCCACCGCUACCAGGCCUCCGGCUCCGGUGCCACCGUCAUGUCCAACAGAAUCAGCCACGUGCUGAACCUCCAGGGGCCUAGUUUCACCGUCGACACGGCGUGCUCGUCGUCCAUCUACGCCCUUCACCAGGCCGUCAACGCCCUCAAGGCCGGCGACUGCGAGAGCGCCAUCGUCGCCAGCGCCAACCUCAUCAUGUCGCCCGAGCCGCACAUCGGAGCCGCCAAGAGCGGUGUUCUCUCGCCGACGGGAACCUGCCACACCUUUGACUCGUCGGCCGACGGAUACGGCCGCGCCGAGGGUGUCAACGCCAUCUACGUCAAGCGCCUGUCCGCGGCCCUCCGUGACGGCAACCCGAUCCGGGCCAUCAUCAAGGGCAGCGCCGUGAACGCGAGCGGCAGGACGCCCGGAAUCUCGCUGCCGAGCGGCAACAUGCAGGAGGUCGUCAUCCGCAAGGCCUACCGCGACGCCGGCCUCGACUUUGCCGACACCGACUACGUCGAGUGCCACGGCACCGGAACCCCCGUCGGCGACCCGAUCGAGGUGGACGCCAUCGGCCGAUGCUUCUCUCCUCGCCAGGGGCCUCCUCUCAUCAUCGGCAGUGUCAAAACCAACGUCGGUCACAGCGAGGGAGCCAGCGGUCUCACUUCCAUCAUCAAGGUCGUCAAGUCCAUGGAGGAGGGCCGCAUCGCCCCUUCAUACGGAGUCAAGAAGCUGAACCCCAAGCUGAUCCUCGAGGAGCGCAACCUCAAGGUCGCCACGCAGAUGGAGAACUGGCCGCGAGCCCUCCGCCGCGCCAGUAUCAACUCCUUCGGCUACGGCGGCGCCAACGCCCACGUCAUCCUCGAGUCCGCCGACAGCUUCCUCGGCCAAGACUUCUUCCUCUCCCAGGCCCGUCCCCAGAAGGCCCUGACCAACGGCGUCUCCGACGAGCCGAAGCACGUCGUGCUCCCCGUCUCGGCCGGGUCCGCCAACUCCCUGAAGAAGCAGGUCGAGCAGAUCUCCCAGGCGGCCAAGCAGUGCAGCGACUACGAGACCCUCCAGAGCCUGGCUCACACCCUCUCCAAGGGCCGUGACGAGCUGGCGUUCCGCGGCUACCUCCUGGCGUCCAUCGAUGCCGCCGCCGAGGCCGUCGAGCUCGCCAACACCGAGACGGCGGACAACAGGGCGUCGCCUCUGCCCUUCGGCUUCGUCUUCACGGGCCAGGGCGCCCAGCACGCCGGCAUGGCCAAGGAGCUGCUGUCCCAGAGCAAGCACUUCCUCGACACCAUCCGCGGCCUCGACAAGGUCCUCCAGGCGCUGCCCGCCCACCAGGCGCCGGCGUGGACGCUCGAGCAGACGCUCCUCGACGGGCCCGAGACCAGCAAGAUCAACGACGCCACGCGCAGCCAGCCCAUCUGCACGGCCGUCCAGAUCGGCCUCGUCGACCUGCUCCGCAGCUACGGCGUCCAGCCCACGGCCGUCGUCGGCCACUCGUCCGGCGAGAUGGCCGCUGCCUACGCCGCCGGCCUCCUCAGCUCCUCUCAGGCCAUCCUCGUCGCCUACUUCCGCGGCUACGCCGUCGGCCACCUGACGUCCCAGGGCCGCAUGAUGGCCGCCGGCCUCGGCCCGGAGGAGGCCAAGGACCUCCUCGAGAGCAAGGGGCUCCAGGCCGAGGCCCGCGUCGCCUGCGUCAACUCGCCCGAGAGCGUCACCCUCAGCGGCUCCCCGGCCGCCAUCGACGCGCUCGAGGCCGAGCUGCAGGGCCAGAAGAAGUUCGCCCGCAAGCUCGAGACCAACGGGCGCGCCUACCACUCGCACAUGAUGGAGGAGAUCGGCCCCCUGUACGAGGAGCUGCUGGCCCCUGUCUUUAACGUGCCCGGCUCCGACUCGGGCUUCUCGUCCUCGUCGAGCGAGUCCGAGGAGGCCAAGAUCAAGAUGUACUCGUCCGUCGGCCACAACCCGGACCGCCUCCGCGUCAUCGACUCGACCUCGAGCAGCUCCGCCACCGAGACGGACGCCGCCUACUGGCGCCAGAACCUCGAGCAGCCCGUCCAGUUCAGCACCGCCCUGGCAUCCCUCGCCAAGGGCGCCGAGGGCAAGAAGAUCCACCUCAUCGAGAUCGGCCCUCACUCGGCUCUCAAGGGCCCCAUCCAGCAGAUCCGCAAGUCCAUCGGCCUCGACGAGAAGUCGGUCCCCUACUCGUCCACCCUCGUCCGCAAGGAGGACGCCAGCGCGUGCCUCAAGACGCUCGCCGGCGCCCUCUUCAUCAAGGGCCACAGCAUCGACUGGGAGUACGUCAACGAGGUCGACGCCGCCACCAGGCAGAACCUCCGCACCCUCCACGCGCUGGCCCCGUACCCCUGGGACUACUCGGCCGGCCUCCUCUGGAACGAGCCCCGCACGAGCAUCGAGCUGCGCAACCGGAAGUACCUCCGCCACGAGCUGCUCGGCACGGCGGCCCUCACGGGCAACGGCAUCGACUACACGUGGCGCAACUGCCUGCGGCCCAACGAGAUGCCGUGGAUCAAGGACCACAAGCUCGAGGAUGAGGUCGUCUUCCCGGCGGCCGGGUACAUGGCCAUGGCCAUCGAGGCCGUGUCCCAGAUCACGGGCGUCAAGCAGCAGCUCAAGGAGAACAAGAAGAAGGGCAGCGGCAACAGCAACAACAUCGGCUUCGAGCUGCGCAACGUAAACAUCAGCUCGGCCCUCGUCGUCCCCGAAGACACGGACGAGGCGGCCAAGGACCUCGAGCUGCAUACGACCAUGUCCCUCCGCAAGAUCUCGGGCGCCAACGCCUCGGCCGACUGGCACGACUUCUCCAUCUCGUCCUUCUUCUGGACCUCGGACCAGGCCACCGUCCACUGCACCGGCAGCAUCCGCGUCGCCCACGACCGCAAGGAGGUCGACCACACCUGCACGACCGUGGCCGACGCCGAGGGCUUCGACCUCUGGGCCUCGACCGGCCGCUGGUACACCAAGUGGCAGCAGGAGGGCCUCUGCUUCGGCCCCCAGUUCCGCUCCCUGACGACCCUGCAGACCGACAGCGCCCGCAAGCGCCGCGAGGCCAUCGCCACGGCCAAGAUGGAGCCCACCGUCGAGGGCGCCUACGAGUUCUACCCGGUCCACCCCAUCACCAUCGACGCCGGGCUCCAGGCCGCCUGCCUCAGCGGCACCUCGGGCCACGUCGCCUCGCUCCGGACCUGGCUGCCCGUCUUCUUCGCCGAGAUGCAGAUCCAGCCGCCCACCGCCGAUGCCGAGGGCGAGAUCCACGUCCGCUCCGAGGAGAUGGGCUUCUCGAGCGGCCGCAUCGACGGAACCGUCCGUGACGCGAGCGGCGCCCUCGUCGUCGACUUCAAGGACGGCCGCAUGUCCCGCUACACCGGCAAGAACUCCGUCGCCGUCUCGCAGCAGCAGGAGUCCGCCACGGGCGAGGCCGACGCCGCCGACGCCUCCACCGGUGCCGGCGCCGACCCCCUGGCCCUCUACACGCAGCGCCAGCCGACCCUCCGCAUCCAGUGGAAGCCGGACGUGCUCCGUCUCGGCCCGGGAUCCGCCGCGGCGCUGCGCAAGUACGUGGCCGGCAUCGUCGACCAGCUCAGCGAGGACCUCCGCGACGACGAGAGCCUCGCCGUCAUCGGCGCGCUCCUGACGCUCGCCGGCCACAAGCAGCCGCGCAUGCGCGUCCUCGAGAUCGGCGGCGACGGCCAGGGCUACAAGUCGGACCAGUGGCUUAGCAUGCUCGACAAGGAGACGGCCUUCCCGCGCUGCCGCUCGUGGCACGCCGGCAACCUCGGCGACAAGGGCGUCGUCUCGCUCCAGGACGGCGCCGAGGGCCCCUUUGACGUUGUCGUCAUCCCCAAGCUGAGCACCUCCAAGAAGGCCACUGUCUGGGACAGCGCCGAGGGCGGCAUCGCCCCGCUCCUGUCGACCCGCAGCAUCGUCGUCAUUCGCAAGUCGGAGGCCGCCGCCGCCGGUCUCAAGGCCGCUGGCUUCGACGUCUUGGACAUUGGAGCCCAGGUCCUGCUUGCCGUGCGCCCGGCUCCGACCAGCGUCCUGAAGGGGCGCACCGCCGUCAUCGUCAAGGCCGAGCGUGCCUCGACCGUCGUCGACGAGUUCGCCAAGACGCUGGCCGCCUACCUGGAGACCGCCGCCGACGUGUCCGAGGCCCGCAUCGUCAGCCUGGACAAGCUCGACUCGAUCAAGAUCAAGGAGGACGACGUCUGCGUCUCCCUGCUCGAGACCGAGACCGAGUUCCUCGCCACGCUGAGCCCGCAGUCCAUGGACCGUCUGCGCGCCGUCACCGACGUCGUGGCCGAUCUCCUCUGGGUCACGGGCGCCAACAUGCUCGGCAGCGAGCCGGACCCCAACCUCACGCUCUCCAACGGCCUCUCGCGCGCCAUGAUGCUCGAGCAGCCCAGGCUGCGCUGGUCGGUGCUCGACGUCGGCCACGCCCUCACGCAGACGAAGAAGGAGAACAACAAGGACGCCGCCGAGGUCGCCGCCCAGGUGUGCAGCAACAUCCUCUCCGGCCUCGUCGCCCUCUACGAGCAGGACGACGCCGAGUUCAUCUCCGUCGACGGCCUCCUCCACGUCAGCCGCUACGGCCCGGACGUCGAGGUCAACUCGCUCUUCCGCCGCCGCCUCGACCCCCAGACCGUCAAGGCCGACGCCCAGACCCUCGCCGACGCCAACCCGGCCCGCCUCACCAUCGGCCGCCCCGGCGUCACCGACACCAUGUACUUCCAGCAGACCUGCGAGCCCGGCGACGACAAGGCCCCCGCGGCCGGCUUCGUCGACAUCGAGGUCAAGGCCGUCAGUCUCAACGCCAAGGACGUCUACGCCAUGAGCGGCCGCGUCGAGACCCGCGACAAGACGACGGCCUUUGACUUCUCCGGUGUUGUCACGGCCGUCGGCCCCACUCCCGAGUCCGGCUCCGAGACCGGCCCCACACCGGCGCCGCUCAAGGUCGGCGACCGGGUCGUCGCCUACGCGCCCUUCCACAUCGGCACCACGGCCCGCGUGCCCGUCGGCUGCGUCCACCCGCUCCUUGACCACGAGGAGUUCACCGUGGUGCCGACGCUCCUCGUCGUCUACGCCACCGCGCUCUACGCCCUUCACGACCGCGCCCACCUCCGCAAGGGCGAGUCCGUCCUCGUGCACGCCGGCUCCGGCGGCUUCGGCAUCGCCGCCAUCACCGUGGCCCAGAAGAUGGGCGCCGUCGUCUACACGACCUGCGGCUCCCAGUCCAAGCGCGACUACCUCGUCAACGAGCUCGGCGUGCCGGCCUCGCACAUCUUCAGCUCGCGCGACGACUCCUUCGUCCGCGGCAUCGCCGAGGCCACCGGCGGCCGCGGCGUCGACGUCAUCCUCAACUCCCUCGUCGGCGACCUCAUGCACAGCAGUUGGGAGGCCUGCCUCGCCGACUUUGGCCGCUUCGUCGAGGUCGGCAAGCGCGAGCUCAUCGACGCCGGCCGCCUCGACAUGCGCGCGUUCCUCAAGAGCGCCACCUUCACCGCCUUCGACCUCUCGGAGCUCUUCUACGCAAAGGACCCCUACAACCGCGCCAUCUGGGACCGCCUCAUGGUCGACACCCUGCAGCUCUACCGCGCCGGCGAGAUCCAGCCCCUGCCUACGCGCGUCUUCGACAUCACCCAGGUCUCCCAGGCCUACCGCUUCUUCGGCAACAAGGACCGCGUCGGCAAGGUCGUCAUCUCCAUGGAGGACCCCAACGCCCGCGUCCCCGUCGCGCCGUCCCCCUACCUGAGCCGCUUCGACGCCGACAAGGUCUACCUCCUCGUCGGCUGCCUCGGCGGUCUCGGCCGCAGUCUGAGCAGGUGGAUGGUGACCCGCGGCGCCCGCAACUUCGUCUUCCUCGGCCGCUCCGGCGCCGACAGGCCCGACGCCAAGCAGCUCGUCACCCGCCUGCGGCACUCGGGCGCCACCGUCGACGUCGUCCGCGGCGACGUCUGCAGCGCCGCCGACGUCACCGCCGCCGUGGCCGCCUGCCUCGCCACCGGUCGCAAGAUCGGCGGUGUCGUCCAGGCCGCCAUGGGCCUGCACGAGGCCCUCUUCACCCGCAUGACCAACGAGGCCUGGCACACGGGCAUCGAGCCCAAGUGGAAGGGCACCUGGAACCUGCACAACGCCAUCGAGCGCGGCGCCCCCGGCCAGGAGCUCGACUUCUUCCUGCUCACCUCGUCCAUCUCCGGCACCGUCGGCACCGCCACCGAGAGCAACUACUGCGCCGCCAACGGCUUCCUCGACGCAUUUGCCCGCUGGCGCCGCGCCCGCGGCCAGGCCUGCGUCUCCGUCGGUCUCGGCAUGAUCUCCGAGGUCGGCUACCUCCACGAGAACCCGGAGAUCGAGGCCCUGCUGCUCCGCAAGGGCAUCCAGCCCCUCAACGAGGACGAGCUGCUGCAGGUUGUCGACCUGGCCCUCGCCAGCGAGCAGGAGGGUGCCGUCAGAGAGUCCCACCUGCUCACGGGUCUCGAGGCCGACGGCCUUCGUGCCCUGACGGCCCGCGGCUUCGACGUCACCACCCACGGCGUCCUCGUCGAGGCCCGCGCCGCCCUGCUCCUCGCCUCGCUGCAGGCCGAGGGCGAGGCCGCCGAGGCCGCCCGCGCCAGCUCCGAGGGAGGCCACUCCACCGCCGUCACGACGGCCGCCGCCCCCUGGUUCAAGGACGUCCCCUCUACCGUCGCCGCCGCUCUCGCACCCGAGGCCGCCGCCGAGUCCAUGCAGGAGGCCAUCCUCAACCUGAUGAAGAAGCGCUUCUCCAGCCUGAUCCUGCUGCCGCUCGACCAGGUCGACGAGCGCAAGGCGCUGCCGGGCUUCGGUGUCGACAGCAUGAUCGCCUCCGAGUUCCGCUCCUGGUUCUGGGCCGCCCUGCGCGUCGACGUGCCUUUCCUGCACAUCAUGAGCCCGCAGAAGUCGCUGUUGGUGCUGGCCGAGUUUGUCGAGGAGACGAUCAUGCAGCCGCCCGCGGCCAAGUAG